AUGAACUGGCUUAAGUCGACCCUGUCCGCGGCCGUGGGCACGCAAGAACCCAUCUAUGGCCCCGAGGCCAUCCAGUCCGUCGCCCAGCAGGCCGCCGAGACUCCCUACACCGUUCUGACCAAAGAGAAUUUGCGAUGGAAGGCCUACCAGUAUACCAAUGUGGAGACUGCUACCUUCUACAUCAUAGCCGACAGCGGCGAUUUGGUCAUGGUCCAGGUCAUUUACAGCAACAUUGCUGGUAUCCAUACCACCGCCCACUUCAACACGAAGAUCUUCAACCUCAAGGGCGAUGGCCCUCACGUCUGGAACACCAACCCCUUGUCCAACUUCAUGUUUGACGAGGGCAUGCACUCCUUCGGCGCCGAUAACUUGACCAUCACUCUCAACGAGGAGGGCGACGCAUACCACAUCAAGUCCACCGUCAACCCCGACAGCAUCGUGGACCUCAAGCUCACCCGUCAGGCUCCCGGUUUCGUCGUUGGCAAGGACGGUACCUCCUACUUCGGCACCGACCCCAAGAACCCCUGGGGCUCCAUGUUCCACGGUUUCUGGCCCCGCUGCGCCGUCGAGGGCUCCAUCACCACCAAGGAGAAGACCUAUAACCUAACCGGCCGCGGAGUCUUUAUCUCCGCUUUGCAGGGCAUGAAGCCCCACCAUGCUGCUGCCCGUUGGAACUUCAUCAACUUCCAGGGCCCUACUUUCUCCGCUAUCAUGAUGGAGUUCACCACUCCCCCCUCCUACGGCUCCACUAAGGUUAACGUCGGUGGUAUCGUCAAGGACGGUGAGAUCAUCUACGCCGGUGCCGACAACACUGUCACCCACACUGCUUCGGAGCAGGACCCUGAGAGCCAGUGGCCCGAGCCCACCUCCAUCAAGUGGACCUGGAACGGCAAGACGUCCGACGGACAGGCAGUUUCCGCCGAGGUUGACGGUCCCCUCGGCAAGCGUCUGGACCGCGUCGACGUGAUGGGUGAGGUCCCCGGCUUCAUCAAGACCAUUGCUGGCAGUGUUGCUGGUACCAGACCGUACAUCUUCCAGUACUCUCCUCAGGAGAAGCUCAAGCUGAAGUUGAACAUUGGUGGCACGGAGACCGUCGAGGAGGGCUUCAUGUUCUCCGAGUCGACCUUCAUCUCGUAA